AUGGCGCAGUCAAGCUGUACCACUGGCCUUGUGAGUUUAUCGCCAUGUCUGAGUUAUAUCUCGGGAAAUCAAACUACCCCUUCUCAGGGGUGCUGCACUGCCCUUGCUACCGUAGUGAAAAAUAAUCCGUCUUGUCUGUGCCAGCUGCUGACUGGUAAUAAUCAGUUGGGGAUUCCCAUUAACCAGACUCGAGCUCUGGCUCUCCCUGGAGAAUGCAAAGUCACCACGCCACCUGUCAGCCAAUGCCAAGGUAAAAAUUUGUUCAGGGACUCUACAACUUCCCCUUCUCCGACGGUUUCAGAGGUACCUCCUAGUUCCCCUUCUACAAACGGUUCUGGCACCCCAACUUCAGAAGCAACCCCGAGUUCGAAUCCCACCCAGAACAAUUCAGCUUCGAACAUUUUUGCAUCCCCUGUGCUUAAGGUCGUAACAGCGGUGGUAUUGGCUGCAGUUGUGAUGUGA